GAGAGCCGCGCGCGAGCCCGUCGGCGCGGAGGGAUCCUCAGGCACCGCAGUGCGGCGGCGUGCGAGCAGGGCGGGGCGGGGCCGGGCGAGGCGGGGCGCGCGCGGCGGCCGUUGAGGGACCGUUGGGGCGGGCGGCGGCGGCGCGCGCUGCGGGCAGUGAGUGUGGAGGCGCGGACGCGCUGCGGAGCUCGAGCUGCUGCAGGUGCUGCCGCUGCCGGAGGAACCUCGAUCCCCGCGCUCCGGACGCCCCGGGCCUCGCCAUGGCUGACCAGCUGACCGAGGAGCAGAUCGCAGAGUUCAAAGAGGCCUUCUCCCUCUUCGACAAGGAUGGAGAUGGUACUAUUACCACCAAGGAGUUGGGGACAGUGAUGAGGUCCCUGGGGCAGAACCCCACUGAAGCAGAGCUACAGGACAUGAUCAACGAGGUGGAUGCGGACGGGAAUGGGACCAUUGACUUCCCGGAAUUCCUGACCAUGAUGGCCAGGAAGAUGAAAGACACAGACAGUGAGGAGGAGAUCCGAGAGGCCUUCCGUGUCUUUGACAAGGAUGGCAACGGUUACAUCAGUGCUGCGGAGCUGCGUCAUGUAAUGACGAAUCUGGGCGAGAAGCUCACGGACGAGGAAGUGGACGAGAUGAUCAGAGAGGCUGACAUCGAUGGAGACGGGCAGGUCAAUUACGAAGAGUUUGUACAGAUGAUGACCGCAAAGUGAAGGCCCGGGCAGCUGGCGAUGCCCGUCCUCUUGAUCUCUCUUCUCGCGCACUCUCUCUCCAACACUCCCCUGCGUCCCCCGGUUCUAGCAAACUCCAACUGAUUGACUGAGAAUCUGAUAAAGCAACAAAAGAUUUGUCCCAA